AAAUGUUUCGUUCUUCCGGAGUCCAGCCAGCUCCACACCCACCCAGACCUCUUACUGUCUUUGCCUUACUUUUUUUUCACAAUUUUUUAUCUCCAUUUUCUCUUUCUCAUUUUGUUUUCCUCUUGUACUUCCAUCAGCCUGCCGUUCCCUUUCUUCCUUUCCUAGAAAAAGAAUUCGAAACUUUGGAUGACUCGAAAUCUCUGUUGAAUAUUUAUUUUCCAACAUCAUGGCAUGCUGCAGAAGGGCAAAGUUUGCACUCAACACCCUGCGCAAUAGUUUCAGUUCAAGGCCUAUUCUCAAAUCUCCAAUCCAAGAUUCGUCUUCAAUAAUCUCCCAGAGCCUUGGGUCUUCGAUUUCAUCUGCUAACAGAGCUAAGUUUUCUGCGUUCUCUUCAUAUUCUUCUAUUUCGCAGAGACUAGGAAUUUCUAGUAAUUAUCAGUAUAAUCCGUUUUUAAAUGGUGCUAAGAGAUUUUACUAUGUUGAUCGUUACCAUGUUCAACAUUUUAAGCGGCGGGGUCCAUUGAGGUGGUUCCAAAAUCCAAGAAAUGUGUUGAUAUUGGUCUUGGUUGGUUCAGGGGUUUUGAUUACUGUAUAUUCUGGUAAUUUAGAAACUGUUCCUUAUACAAAGCGAAAGCAUUUCAUUCUCUUGUCCAAAGAAACGGAGAAAAGGAUGGGAGAGGCUCAAUUUAAGCAACUGAUGGCAAAUUUUAAGGGAAAGAUAUUGCCUCCAUUACACCCAGAAAGCGUGAGAGUGAGACUGAUAGCUAAAAAUAUUGUUGAUGCACUGAAAAAGGGGUUGAGCCAUGAUCAAAUAUGGAGUGAUUUGGUGUAUGAAUCGCCCGGGAGCUCAUUUGGACAUGAGAGUGGACAUGAGACGAUGGCAGCAUUGAGUGAGAAGGAAGGGGAGUCAGGGGUGAAUUGGUCCCGUGAAGAUGAGAUUCUUGAUGAUAAGUGGGUUCAGCAAAGUAGGAAGGAAAGUCAACAGAGAGGGUUGCAACCGACAACGUCUCAUUUGGAAGGAUUGGCUUGGGAACUUAUGGUGAUAAAUGAACCUGUUAUUAAUGCAUUUUGUUUGCCUGGUGGGAAGAUUGUGGUGUUCACAGGAUUGCUUGAGCAUUUUAAAACUGAUGUGGAGCUAGCAACCAUAAUUGCACAUGAGGUUGCGCAUGCAGUGGCUCGACAUGUAGCUGAACAAAUAACAAAGAAUUUAUGGUUUACCAUCCUACAAUUGGUCCUAUAUCAGUUCUUUAUGCCUGAUCUGGUCAACACAAUGUCAGCGCUUCUCUUGAGACUCCCCUUCUCUCGGAAGUAAGGUUUUUAUAUUUGUUCUUUUGACGAAUAUCUAUUGAAUUAUAUUGUAUUUAAAGAGAAUCAGGGUUUUAUCAGGAAGAAUCAAGAAACGCGAGUUAUAUCUGAAAAUUUGUUACCAUCAUGUAGUUUAAGAGUAGGUGAUUGCUUGGUGGAAAAAUGUCUUGUGCAAGUAUACAUGAGCAGCAUUAUGGGUUUUAUAG